UAAGCAUUCUAUCAGUCUGCAUUUCUUCUUUCGAUCUACAUUUGAUCUUCAAUGGAAGUAAUUUCCCAAAGUGCUCCUUCGUCAACCUUGAAUCCGAACGCUCCGAUGUACGUUCCGACGGCAUACAAAGCUGUUGAGGAUUUCUCUGAGGAGUGGUGGUCUCUCGUACGCUCUUCUCCCUGGUUCCGUGAUUACUGGCUUCAAGAGAGGUUCCUCGAUCCACAAACUGAUCUUCUGUUAUUCGAUGAUGAUGGAGAUUCCUUCUUCACUGGAUUUGUUGAUAGUUUCUUACAGCUAGUGAACAACACCAAUCAGGAUGAAGAGCAUAAGGUUAACAAAAACAUUCAGAGAGAUAUGAUAGCGUUGAAGAAUCUGAGGAAGGGGAGAUCUACAGCUAUGGCACCGAGGUAUAUUGAGAAAGCGCCGAAGAUUGUGAAUGUGAAAGUGAAUCCGAGGCCGAUUCAGCAGCCGCGUUAGGGAAAUGAGUUAGAUCUGAGUGGAUGGUGGAGAGAAAGUGGUCGAGUUUAUGAAUCAUUGUGAUCCUUGUUUGUUCAUCUUUUAGGUUUUGUGUUUGUCGGUAGUCUUUGUACAGUGAAGCAAGCAUCAUCGUCGUUGUCGGUUGACAUUGGUUAGGGUUUUAGUUAGGGUUUCAGAAUUUCUAUCUUAAUAUCCCUUCCUUGUAAUGAAAUCCGAUGGGAGCUAUAUAAUAAAUAAAGCCCAAGAUGAUAUAAGACUCUCUUUAUGUUUUUUUAUUA